AUAAAUUGAAAAAUUGUUUCAAGUUUCGUAUUAUUCUCAAAAGUCGCUGGACGAUAAGCAGUCGUAAUUUUCUCAGAUUUACAUAAAUGCUAUUGAAAUCAUGAUAAAAUCUGUAUUCAUUCCACUAUUUUUUGUAACUUUUGUUGUAAUUAUUGCAAGAGGAGAACCACAAUGCCCGAAAUAUAUCAAAACGACGACAACUUUACCGUUCGAGGGAGACUGCAAAAAAUUUUACAUUUGUUCACCGUUAGGUGGUAAAGUUGGUCUUUCGUGUUUAAAUGGUUAUAAUUUUAAUCCAGAAAGAGGUGUAUGCGAAGACGAAAAGAAAUAUGAAUGUCCGUAUGAAAAUGACUCGCCCCAGCCCAGGUUCGACAGUUUUUCGAAAGAAAAUGUAUUUCCAUGGAUAAAACCAAAUGCAACCAGAGGCACUGAUAAUCUCGAAGAUGGUAGUAAUGGUAACUUGGAAGUUUUUGGAAGAACCUUUUUCAAUUGGUUUAAGGAUGGAGACAAACAAAGUGAUCCAACAGAUUUCCUUAGACCGUUUAUAAGACACACGCUAUCAGCCAUACUAUCACCCAUAAUAUAUCCGUUACAAAGAAUAUUGAAAUGCUUCAAAAAUGCGUUUAUGGUGAUAAAAAAUGUAAUUUGCAAUUGCAGUAACUCCAUACCUGCAUAAAAAUACUGUUAUCACUUUACUUAUAUGUAAUACCCAUACUUAAAGUCAUAACAAUAGUACAGUUUUAAAAAAUAAAAAAUUUAUGUGUA